AUGGAGCAGAAGUUCCAUGAGGCCGUCGACCGCGUCUUUGAGCGGUGGACGACGUUGGCGCUGGCCACAGAUCAAGGUUGGGGCGGGAGGGACUCCUUUGCCAAAGCACGUCAGCUCCAGGCAGAGGUGGUGGAGUAUUUGAGCACAACCUCCAGGAAGAAGCGGCCCCCCAGCUGGGAAAACCCCAGCGACGUGGAGGAGCUGUCGCGGCACCUUUAUCAGCGCAUCGACGAGCUCUUCAAUACCGAGACCGACGACGGCAGCGACGCGGAAGUGGCGAUGCUGUGCCUGCGGCUCUUCAAUACCUGCCAAAGGGGGGACUCCAGCUUCGCGGACCAGGUGCUUCAGGCCACUGUCGGGAAGCAGGACCUCGCGCAGAGCCAGGGCAGUGAGCGCAUCGAAUACGCCACGGAGGAGGACGAGCUGUUGGACAAGCUCGACGGUAUGGACAUCGACGAGGGUGAGGAGGGUGACAGCGACGGUGAGCAGGGGAUGCCACAGCCAGAGGCGGCUCCGGCGGCAUCUCCGCCGGCGGCGGGGUACAAGCAGGUCAUCGAGCCCACGGUGGACGAGGACGGUUUCACCUCGGUGGUCAAAGGCCACCGGAGACCCCGCUAG